AUUAGUUGUUACAUACUUAGUACCUACCUAGCUAGGUACACAAGGCCACACAUCAAGUGUAAUAUUUUGAGCUUUGGACCGCUCUUACCGCGCACGUAAUAAGAGCGAGUUUUGUAACACCUGAUGUGUGGCCUACCGUACCUACCAAUUGUGUGAUUAAUUAUUAUUGGAUAUUUUGCAUUCCAGGCGCCAAUCCUGGAUAAAUGCUUGCCAAAGACCUGAUUUAAACGAUAAGAGCAUCGAACAAUUAUAUAACAAGUUCGUAUGUAGUUCGCACUUUGAACGAUGGAUGUAUAUGAACAAAAAAUUGAAAGACUCUGCUGUUCCCUUAUUAAACUUACCGUCUGCUUCAUUAUAUCCCAUGAGCACACAAACCGAGGAUCCAAAAAUAGAGAUUAUAAAAGAUUCAACUACCAGAGGCGUUCAACAAGAGGUCGACGUUGCUACAGCAGGCGUAUGUAACGCUGUAAUUCCCAGUAGUACCGGCGCAUCGCAAAAAAAAUUAACAGACCAUACUCCAAGGAAGAGAGAACUUGGAAUACAAGUCACAAGUUGUACCAAGAAGUUGAAAUUGAUAGAAGAUUCUAAGUCAGCGGACAUGACUCGUGAACAGUUUUUUCAAGGAUGUGACAAGUUCUCACCUAACAACGACUCGUCUGAUGGCGAUCAAGAUAUGGAAGACGACGAUGAGCGGUUCGGUGCCAUAAUAGCUGCCGAGCUCCGGAGCAUCGACGACCCAGAGGAGAAAGAGACCGUCAUAGCCGCUAUAAAGAAAGUCCUACACGAGUCCAGGGUGAGAAGACGGCAGAAGAAGCAGACUGAGAUUGAAUUUAAGCACGAAUCGGAACCUAAACCCGUCGUGUCGGUUCCCCGGCCCAUCGACGACAGAACAGAGGAGGAGAAAGCGGUAUCCUCCAUAAAGAGUGAGCCGGACGAACCGAUAAACGACGAGAUUCCUCCCACCGAUGAACCCACUCCAAACCUGGACUGCAAAACCAAAACCCCAAUUCCGAUGCCAAUGGACGACAGGACGGAGGAACAAAUAGCUGUUGAGGCGAUCAAAGAGGAGCCCGUAGAUCCUUCGUACCUCGGCGACUCUUCUAGUGCCUUUAGUCAUUCUGAACCCGAUCCGUUAUGUGACCCAGCAGCCCCGCAGCCUGUAACAGAUAUAACAGAAGCAGAUGCAGCCGUAGCCGCCAUCAAACAAGAGCCGGCGGAAACUUACGAGAUAAAAAUAUCAGAUGUCAACAUGGGCGAUGUUUAGAUGAAUGCUGCCGGCUCGAUAUGUGAAUUAUGAUCAGUGAUCAGCCUUAAACAAAGUUCUCACCGCUACUAAUUACAACGAUGGUCGUAAAAAGAGUGAAAUACGACAUAAAGGUUGCAAAUUGACAUUUAACGAUGGUUGUGUCGAGUCUUAUAU